GCGGGUUCGGGCCCUGUUUCCGAAACUCCGGCGCACCCGGUACUCGCUCGACCCGCGCGCUCACAUCGGCAGCGACAGGCGCACUCGAACCGACGGCGGCCCGGGGAGCUUCCGCGGCUCAUCUCACACGCGUCGCACGCCGCGCUCGGGACUGACGCCCGUCGACGGGCCGGCAAAACUACAACGUCACGCGCCACCGCGCACAAUUCGUUUUCGUCGUGGAUCGCAACGGUAUCGCGGGCAUCCGCGUGAACGAACGCAGCUCUUAAUCUCUAAUCGGAAGACUUAAAAGAAAAGAAACGACGGCCGUCUUUGUUUCUACGCUGAUGACAUGAACGACGACUCUUCGAGGUGUUCGGCUCGAGUUGACAGUGAAUCCCGGAAUACGGCCACGCGAAAGGUGACGCGAAGGCUGUUCAACCCAUUUUAGACAGACUUGCUUCGGUGCCACCUUCUUCUGCACUGACAACAGCGUCGGAGCUGAUUUAACGAAGGCCCAGCCUGCGAGGCACGACGGCUCCGUGCGCCUACUUCCCACUGACACCUGUUGACGAGCGGGCCCCCGCCACCACUCAGCACGAUGGGCGCGCUGGUCUGUCGGAGCCGAGAACCCGCCGAGUCUGGCGCCACCAUCCUGGCGGAGUCACCCGAGCUUUGGGCCAAGCCUGCGGCAGCAGCAUCGCGGGGCCAGGCCGGCCGGCUGCCCUGGCACCGGACCCGGCGGGCCAAGCCCAGCGGUGCCGCCUCGGUCGUGUCUCCCACGGGUGACAACUGCCCGUGCUGCUGCGCGGGAGCCGCAGCAGCCGCCGCCAAGCUGCAGCAGCCGGAGGUGACGACCCUGGAGAGAGCCGAGUCACCGCCGAACAAAAUCAGCUUCUCACGGAGCGCGUGGGAGACGCCGCCGUCCCCACUGCUAGACAAGCCGAGCUCCGUGCACGAGGAACCGCUGUUCGUGGAAGAGACCACCGACCUGCUCACGGACACCGAGCAGCAGUGCCAAUUCGCCUUCUCGGGCAGCGACGAUGUCACCCAGGUGGAGGAGAUCACCGAGAACGGUGGCGAUCAGUGCACCUUCUGUACGCUGUACCCGGACGGCGCGCUGGCGGCGGCCACCGACGACGAUCUGAAGGGCGCAGCCGAGCGACUGUGUGCGCUCUAUCCAGGCACCGGCCGCCUGGCGGGCGCGGCCGACGAGCCGUGCAGCCUUUGCCUGCUGUUCCCGUCAGAAGGCGGCAUUGCGGCGCGCGACGACGAGCCCAGGGCUCUCGACGACGGCUGGUCCAACCUCGACGAAGAGGUGACCAUCAUGGUGGACAGGGUGUCCAGCCUCAGCUCCAUCGUGGAGGAGAAGCUUAGGGUCAAGAACAAGACGAGGCAGGACGUGUGGAAAGGGACAUUUGGAAUCUACGUGCACCACGCCAAGGACGGCACGAAGAAGAUCAUCAUCCGCGACGGUUGGACGUCCUACCAUAUCCAAGGUAAUGGGUGCGCUCACACUGAGGGGCGUAGGUUACUGCAUUCGAAGAAAAGGGAGGGUAAAUAUGGUCGACGAGGCCCUUUGCCAAGAGCGCUCUGCAUGCGUGCCUUUGGUUGCACUAAACGAGCUUAUUAAGCAUUGAUUAUUAAGACAUUUCUAUAGUUACUGCCGCAUCGUCGUUUGGCGAAACAAGAUGGUCUCUGUUGAGUGCCUUGUGUCUUCAACGCCCAAUACGAGCCAAAUCCGCCAUCAGGUUAGGCUUCAAGAACGGGUAGGUUUUAUGUCACUUAAACGUUGAAGCCGUUGUCUUCCCUCGCAUCCCACUUCUUUCCACGCUGUCUGGCUCUUCUUCCUCUCUUGCACCCCCCGGCGGUGACGGUCGAAUUUCGAUAGAGGUUGAAUGCUAGAUACCCGUGUAAUUAGAUUUAGGCGCACGUUAAAGAACCUCAGUUGGUCAAAAUUUCCGGAGAUCUCCACG